AUUGGCGUUUAGGGGCCAACUGUGUUCCCUAUCUUCAUAGAAGCCAUUAUUAGCCAAGCCGUGCACGCGCUGGCUCUUUGGAGAUUAGAGCACGGCGAACGAAUGAAGAUACUCGAUCAGCUGCUCGGAAGUACCUCUAUCUUCGCCACCGUAGUGACACAACUCAAAUACCGAAACAUUGGUCUUCUUGGGGCGUUAUUGCUACUGCUCUGGUCGUUAUCGCCAAUCGGUGGCCAGGCCUCUUUGCGAGUACUCGAUUUCGGUACUUCUACCAGCACUUACCCACAAACCAUUCAAUUUCUAGACAGGAACUCUAGUUUCAACCCCAGAGACUACGGGGAUCACCGCCUCGAGGCAGAUGGGCAGACUUCUAUCGCGACCAUGGAUGCCCUCUAUGUAUCGGCUCUUCUAAGCCCUUUAACGACAAGAACUUCACCGGUGGAUACCUGGGGCAACGUCAAGAUUCCAAUGCUGGAGCAUCUCUCAAAUCUGACUAAAGAUGCGGAAGGUUGGCAACAGGUGGGAACCGAGGACCAGACUGUCUUUUCAUCACUCAUCGGGGUACCCCAGACGGCCGUGCCAUUAGACCAUCAAACUACUUUCAGUAUGGAGACGUCAUACUUUGCACUGGACUGCCCUGUGCUAGUAAAGGAUGAUGAUCCCAGGGAACCCAGAAUGAGUAAAAUUGGCGCUUUCCAGAAUGGCUCAGUAAUCCCCAAGAGCGACUGGGUAGGUACAUUGGGCUACUCAUGGACUCUCGCCACCCCAAGCUUCAUGUACAAUAGCCGUGCCAACAGCUCCCAGCUGUCUCAAGCAUACGGCAAUGGCACAAACAUGGCUCCCCGCAAGCUGUACUACAGCAGUGCCGACGACGGUGUCGACGACAAAGGCAAUCGAAUCAACACUUACGCCGAGUGCACCAUGAAUACGUCCUACGUCGAGGUUCGUGUCUCGUGCGACGGAAAGAAGUGCGCUGCUACACAUAUGCGUCCCUCCACACAGCCACCCGUCGCAUCCGCCUGGACCGUCGCCGACGCAGGCCGCGAACGAUUCUUCACCGACUUCGCUACCGCAGUGGGCGGCAACUCCUACGAGCCCACCGCCGUGCAGCGCUACAUCUGGGGCACCGUCAACCCCUUCAAUGCUACCAAAUCCGGGCUCGCGCUCUACAAAAAGGACCCCAAGGUCUUCGCUAUCGGCUUCGCCUAGCUGCUCAACAGCUUCUGGACCGCCGGCAGCGGCCUCUCCCUCGUCCCAGGUGGCCUGCCGGCCACGAAUGGUGGCAUUGUGGCCCCGCCAAGCAUGUACGACGGCACAAACACCCAGACUACCAACGCCACUGUCUCCAAGUCUACGCCCGUGCUCGUCUGCAGCAGGCCCUGGCUCGCGGCACUCUUCGUGGCCACGAGCAUCAUGUGCCUGACUGCGGUCCUCGGCUUGGUGCUGGAGUUCACGCGCAAGACGCCGGAUCUCGCAGUUAACAUUUCGAGCUUGACGAGGGAUAACCCGUAUAUACACUUAUCACCUGGCGGCUCGACUCUCGACUCGGCUACGAGGGGGCGGCUGAUGCAGAAUGUGAGGAUUAGGUUUGGUGAUGUGAAGGCUGGCGAGCAGGUCGGCUAUUUUGCCAUGGCGUCUUGUGAGAAGGGGGCC